AUGACGGACUCCGGGGUGCCCCCACAGCGGGCUCUGUGCUUCCUGUCUACGUUGCUUUCGCAGAAAGUUCCAGAGAAGUCAGACACAGUGCUUCGAUGCAUGAUUUCUGGUCAUCCCAAACCAGAGGUCACCUGGUAUAAGAAUGGUCAAACCAUAGAAGAGUGUGGCAUUAUUUCCAGUUAUGAAUUCUUCCAGCAUCAAUAUAUUCAUAUGUUACAUCUCUACUGCUGCACCCAGGCGGAUGCAGCUGUCUACCAGGUGUCAGCGAAGAACGGGCAGGGUAUGAUCUGCUGCUCCGCGUCCAUAGAAGUUGAGUGUGGCCCCUCCACACCAGGCCCAGGGACCCCAGAGCCAAAUAGGCUGAAGAGCUCAGAGCCACAGGGCAGCAAGAAGGCCCCUUCUGACCCGGCCGAAGCCAUGACCUCCUGGGCCACCCCCAUGUCAGCUGACGUCCCCUCCUCCCAGAGUCAUGGCUUAGCGUUGGGUCAGCCGCUGGCCAACAGUGACCUCAGCGCAUCUAGCACUGACCAUCCCCAGGACGUGGAGGCCACCAAGCAGACAGAGGUGGCCACUUAUGGGCAGCUUCAGCCAGAGUCCAGUCUUGGUCUUAGGGCCCAAGCUGAUCAUCUCCCCCCGGCCUCGGCACCUUGCCCCAUCUCCAGUGUCCAGGAGGACACCUUGAAUCUUGAGAGCCCCAAUGAUGCCGCCUUAAACUCUGCUCAACCAACCCCAGGAGCCGACAAGUAUAUUAGCUUCAGCCUCCCACUGCCAUCGGCAUUGCAGACCACCCCGGAAGGGUCCCCAGGCCAGCACCCCAGCCCGCAGCCCUGCAGUGAAGACUCUGACAGUGACUAUGAACUUUGCCCGGAGAUAACCUUCACCUACACUGAGGAGUUUUCAGAUGAUGACCUGGAGUAUUUGGAAUGUUCCGACGUGAUGACGGAUUACUCUAAUGCCAUUUGGCAAAGGAGACUGCAAGGGGCUGAGCGGGUUUUUUUAUUAGAAAGCGAUGACGAAGAGCCGGAAUUGGGCGAGCGGGGCCUGGGGGGAUGCGAGCCACUGGGCAGUGAGGCGGGCUGCAGACAGGGGGUGUCACAGGGGGUGUCGAGUGACGCAGAGCCUAUGGAUACCACCGCAGACGUGUGUGCUCAUCACUCACGGCCCCCAGAAGUCGAGGGGAGGCACCGCCAAGCCUCCCCUCACAGUCCCUCAUCCCCGAUGAUCCUGUCUUGGGGACCUCACCAGGUUGGAAUGUCCCCGGUAGCAGAACAGCAAGACUAUAAACGCCCUGAGGCUCCCCAGGCUGUGGGAAAUGAGUAUCCAGGAAUUCCAGGAGAAACCAGAUCCGGCCACCACGCCAGAGAGGAAUUCGGCAGUGACAAUCUGCUAAACAUGGAGGAAGAAGCGGGGACCCAGAGUGAGCUGAGGUGCUCACCCGGGAAGCUGGAAACACCAGGCAGAGACCAGAGUGUGGAGCCUACAGCCACCGAGGCAAGAACCAGGGAGAAGGACAACUUAGGCCUGACGGUCUCCGAGAAGCCCACCAGGGGGAAGCGGCCUGGAAUGAAGGGCAAAGCCAAGAAGCUGAAAGGAAAUGCUCCUGGAGGUCCUCCCACUCAGCGGCCGGGUCCCACAGAGUCAGCUCUGCACCCCCUUGGCCGGAGUAAUAAUACCAGGAGUCCCUGUGACCAGGUAAAAGCCAUCAGGCAGGAUACUGAGGUGUGUACAGCUGCAGGAGAAGGUGCUUUUCCCACCCCUAUGCAACCAGAGACACUCCCUCUGCAAACUGGGGAAUUCCUGUCCCGAGAAGGGGUCUCCAGUGAGGAGGGGGAAGGACAGGUAGACUUUGAGAACCUGUCAGAAAUAAGCCACACUCCAGAGGGGAAGGAUCGUGCCCAGGCAAAAACUGAGGAGGCUCCACUUGGGGCUUUGGGGCUCCUCAGCCCUGCACCCACUAGCCAAGAGUCUGCGGGGGAGCAAGUGGAGGAGCCUGUGGAGCCCACAGAGGACUUGACAGGGUCCCCAGAAACUGUCUCCAGCCUGGACACUGCUCACCCUGGGCCAGAAGGCAAAGAAACAGAGGGUUCAGGGGGACCUUUCGGAACAGAUGAUGGGGGGACAGGUGAGAGCCCCGAUUCUUCCUCUGGGUGCCUUGUGGAUGGACAUUUGCUGCUGGAUGGCCCCCCACUGAGCCUGGAGCUGGACCAAGGCCAAGGCCAAGUGCCCGAGGUAGGUGAACAUGAUGAGGAGCUUGGUCUGCUCCAAACUACAGCUGCAAGGCCUCUACAGACCCCACUUCAAAGCAGCCUGGGAGCCGUAGAGGGCAGGCGCUCCCCUUCCCCCUGCCCUGCUGCCUGGACCCUGGACUCCCUGGAGGCCAAGGAGGACUCUCCAGGAGAGACUGGUCCACAGGGGCUGAGCCUGAGCAUACUGGCAGAGCAGGGGGAAAGCUACUCUUCUGUACCGAGAAAUAGCUCUUCCAGGGACCUUCCAGAAGCAGAAACAGAGGAUGUGUGUGGUGGAACUUUUCCCACCGCAGACCUCCUGAAUAAUCACCCCAGGGACCCCCACAACACAGACCCCCUGGACACUGACUCCUGGGACCCUCACACCUUGGAUCCCCUGCACAAUGACUCCAGGGACCUCCAUAUCACAGACACCCUGGAUAGUCACUGCAAGGACCACCACACCACGGACUCUCUGGCCAGUAAAAGCGCAGAGGGGACACACUCCCUGGAGAUGCUGGCACCACCCAGGGUCUUUCUGGAUGAUCCACAGAUGGCAGUGGACAGGUUAGCCACUGCCACUCCAGUGCACCCCAGCCAGCUCCUCCCUGUUUCGGUGGCCUGCUGCAGCCCGGAGGACAGCCUGGAGGAGCCCUCCUCUCUGGCACCCUCAGCGAAGAGCUCCCUAUUGCCUCCCAGCCCCAGUCCCCCCUUGACCCCCACUGAGGCCCCAGAAGAAGGGUUUAGCCUGGAUUCUUCAGGGCCCGACUCCCCCACACUCGUCCCUGAGGUCCCGGAGGGUGAGGGGUCUGAGAGUGACCCCUCUCUGGAGACUGGAGGUGAGCACCAGGCAGCAGUCAGAGUGAAUAAUAGAUGCCUUCCUGGGGAUCUCCCAGAACUCGAAGGAGCACUGUCACCGAGUGUCCCCAGUGAGAGCCCACCUGGGCCAGGAUGCGCCCCUGGAGAUGAGCUGAGCUCCACAGUGGCCCAGGACGAGAGCUGGACGCCAGCAGAAGCUACUGGGGCCCUGAGUCCACUGGGCCCCGUUUCUCAGACCCUCCUGGGGGCAUGGGAAGGGGGUUCUGUGGGGUGCACAAGCAGGAAGCUGAGGAUCAUAACACUUGAGGCUUCCCUUCCCCAAGGCUGGAUCCCAGGACUGCCUGAAGAGGGUCCCAUGCUCCCAGCUGGCACAGACUCCCCAAGAACCACCAAGGCCCUGAGUACGCUCAGUCCUUGGUCCUGGGGACCCUCGGCUCUGACUGAGCCCAGAGACACCCUGGUCAGCCCGGAAUCCACUAGAGACGUUCACAGACCUCAGCUCCAGCCACAGCCCCUGAACUGCGUGGGGUUCCUGGAGUCCUCUGUGGACCCCAUGGAUGAAAGCGAAUCCUGCAGCUCUGGUGAGCACCACAAGGCACCCCAAUCUAGAGAAAAAGAGGACUUGGGCUCCGGAAGCUCAGAGUCAGAUGUGCGCCCAGCCUCCGCGGACAGCCCCAGCUUUCUGCAACAGCUCCUAACCUGUGCUCGUCUCCUUGUGUCCUCGGUGGAUUCCAAACACCAGGAAGCAAGAGGGCCAGCAAGGCCCAGUGCAGUAUUCACUGUAGGAAUGCACCGGGUCGCAGACCCCAGCCAGCCCUUAAGUUUGCUGACAGCAGACAGUACCCCAGGUAAGGAAGUCAUUCUUGGGGUACCCGACAUCAUCCAAGGCAGCGAGGGUUCAGAGAACAGAGAGCAGGUGCCCCAUGGACAAACCCCUGUUUUGCAAGCCCUGGGCCCCCACGGAGGGGAAGAAACAAUUUCCCAAGAAAACCACAGACCUGAGAGCAGCUGGAGAAGUUUUGAGGCAGAGGUGCCCUGUACACGAGACCCAGCAGACACGGUUCUCUCCGAGCUACCAUGUCCCCAUGAGCUGGCCACGGGGACAGGGACUGACACACACCAUGCCCCGGACCAAGCCCAUGGCAUCCCCGAGAGUAACCUGGACCAGGCGAAAAUCCACCAACCUAUGAUGUCUUCUGGCCUGGGAGAAAGUGGAGCUCUUGGGGAUGAAUUGAGGGACUCUGAGUCAGUCUCCAGUGACCUAGUCACGUCUCCCCCAGCCCCAAAUAUCUCCACGAUCCCCCAACCCGGGGACCCUAACUCAGAGGCAUCUCAGAUCACGGACAGUCCAGCUGCAAUUGCCUCCUUGAAGUUGCCAGGCCCCAAGGAGACUCAGAGGAAUCUGGGUAGGAUGAGGACGAGGGCAGGGAUGGAAGUGAAUCCCAGUCCCAAGCGCCCUGGGGCCCCUGUCUCUGAGACGGUGAGGAAGAAGAAACCAGAGCCCCCAGGGAGCGGGCAUUUAGCUGACGGGAUGAAGAAGAAGAUUCUGUCUAGGGUGGCAGCCCUGCGGCAGCGUCUGGAGAAGGAAAACUGUUCCCGAAAAAGCAUGACUCUGCCCAGGAAGGACUCUGAGCUGGGCAGCGAGGAGAAGAAGGACCCCAAGAAGCUGGCCUGCAGGAAGGGAGGGAAAGCUCCGGUGUUGCUGAAAAGGAUCCAAGCUGAGCUGUUGCCUGACCACCCUGGGAACCUGCAGUUAAGCUGUCAGUUUUCUGAAAUUCAUGAAGAUUCUAUCAUUCGGUGGACUAAGGAUUCGGAAGCCAUAGCCCAAGUGCAGAGAAGCGCAGGGGACAACUCCACAGUGUCCUUGGCCAUCGUGCAAGCCAGCCAGAAGGACCAGGGCCUCUAUUACUGCAGCCUCAACAACAGUUUCGGAAAAGUGACGGCGGAAUUUAACCUCACUGCCCAAGUCCUACAACAGCUCUCCAGCUGCCCAGAUGUUAAAGCGUGCGAGGAGAUCGAGUUCAGCCAGCUCAUCUUCAGAGAGGACUUCCUCAAGGACAGCUACUUCGGGGACCGGCUGCAUGGCCAGAUCGCCACGGAGGCAUUGCACUUCGGCGAGGGCGUGCACCGCAAAGCCUUCCGCAGCCGCGUUAUGCGUGGCCUCCUGCCUGUCUUCCAGCCCGGCCAUGCCUGCGUGCUCAAGGUGCACAACGCCGUGGCCUACGGGACCAGAAGCAACGCAGAGCUGGUGCAGCGGAACUACAAGCUGGCCGCGCAGGAAUGCUAUGUCCAAAAUACUGCCAGGCACUAUGCCAAGAUCUAUGCUGCUGAAGCCCAGCCUCUGGAAGGCUUCGGGGAAGUGCCAGAGAUCAUUCCCAUUUUUCUUAUCCACCGACCGGAGAACAACAUCCCUUAUGCCACCGUGGAGGAGGAGCUGAUUGGGGAGUUUGUCAAGUAUUCCAUGAGGGAUGGGAAGGAGAUCAACUUCCUGAGGAGGGACUCAGAGGCUGGUCAGAAGUGCUGCACCUUCCAGCACUGGGUCUACCAGAAGACCGGUGGCUGCAUGCUGGUCACAGACAUGCAGGGGGUCGGAAUGAAGCUGACCGAUGUGGGCAUUGCAACACUGGCCAAGGGGUACAAAGGAUUUAAAGGCAACUGUUCCAUAUCCUUCAUCGACCAGUUCAAAGCUCUCCACCAGUGUAAUAAGUAUUGCGAGAUGCUGGGGCUGAAAUCACUGCAGAGUCAAAGCCAGAAGCCCAAGAAAUCCAGUUGUGUGGUGGGGAAGAGCAAGGCGGAGCCCCUCUCCAGGAAGGCCUCUGGGAGCCCCGCAGAAAAGAAAUCCUGA